UCUCUGGUAAACGCAAAAGUUACAGUUGCAAUGGUUGCCGUGGUGGUCUAUUUUGUUUGUUUUUGGUGUGUAUCUCUUGAGUCUCUCUUUAGUAUCCUGUCACCAUCUUUCUCAGUAAAUCGUCGUCUACUGCCCAUGUGAGGCCCAUUAAUUAUCUUGUGUUGAUUUGGGGGUGGUUAUAUGUCCGCUAAGCUUCGAACUCGUGGCUUUUCAUGGUUCCUUGAUAUGAAAAAGUACAAUUGUUUACAAGUGUUACCGUCCUAUCAAUCUGUCUCUCUUUUCAUAAUUCCUUAUGCCUCCUUAUUCCUCAAUUAUAUGAUGCUUCAUUCUCCUCUUUUCAGAUUUCCGCAUUUUCUUGCAGUUAUUGUUUCAAUGGUUCUAUCAAUCACAUUUUACUCUCAACAAGUUUUUUUAUGCAGGCUUGGUAUAGGAGGGACAAGGCUAAUGUUUCAAAAAGACAGAUUAAUUUUGUUACCCGCGUACAGGCAUUUUCCUAGACUUGAGUGUCUAGCCUACUUGCUUAGGCCUAAAGAGAAACAAAGCCGUGCGGGUCCGAUGUAUCCACGGGAAUCGAACAACCCAAAACAGGCUAUAUUGUUGGUGUGUAUGGGGAUGCGGAUUUACAAUAAUUCUCUGUUCGAGUUCAAAAAUUUGUUUUUUCAUUAUCAUUAUUAUCAUUAUUAUUAUUAUUAUUAUUGCGAUGUACGUUCAGUUUUCCAAUAACUGAGCCGAGCCGUCACUUUCCCUGGAAGGCAGAGGUAGAAGUGGAAUGGCCUGGAAGAGAUCAGUGAUAUGCCAUGUUUGGACUUUCGCUGUCUGCCUUAGUGGGCAUUUGGGCUAUCAAUGUUAUUGCCCAACGCACAAUCGUGGGCUUGCAAAAUUUUGGCGACUUCUGAUGGGCUUCAGAAGUCCAUGGAUUUGUUGCUCACAAUCUGACAUAAUGGGCUAUAUAAGCCCAACGCUGAAAAUGAAAUAUGUUUGGAAGUUGAUGGGCUGAGAAACCCCAAAUAGUUUUGAACUUUGAAGCUUUCUGUUUUCUGUCAAGAGGAUUGGCUCAUUCACAUU